CACAGAAACGAAAAGGAGAAGUGUCUGUUUGUGCAGAGACUCAUAAAGUUGACCGAGCCGAGAGCAGUCCCCAGGAACAGUGUGGAGGUUCUCGACUCUCAGGACUCCGGGCAGAACUCAGAAGAGGGACAGCUCCCUGAGGGUGUGGAGCACACUCUGAAAAAUGCCACGGUCCUUUCUAGUGAAGAGUAAGAAGGCGCACACCUACCACCAGCCCCGGGCACAGGGUGAUGACCUGGUCUGGCCUCCUGCCAUAGUUCACCUGCCUGUGGCAAAAGAGCAUACCCAGAUUGUCAGCCCUUGUCAGCCCUUGGACUGGAACACAGUCAAACAGGAGCGGGAGAAGCUGCUGAACCAGAGCCUUCCCAAGAUGGCCUCAGCCCCAGAGAGGCCUGUUGUGACACCACAACCCCAGGAUGGGGAAUCACCACUCUCUGAGUCACCCCCUUUCUACAAGCCCAGCUUCUCCUGGGAUACGCUGGCCUCCUCCUACAGCCACAACUACCCACAGACCCCCUCCACCAUGCAGUCCGCCUUCCUGGAGCGCUCUGUGAGGCUGUAUGGCAGCCCCCUCGUGCCCAGCACCGAGUCCCCCUUGGACUUCAGCCUCCGCUACUCUCCAGGCAUGGACACUUACCACUGUGUCAAGUGCAACAAGGUAUUCUCCACCCCUCACGGGCUAGAAGUGCAUGUCCGCCGCUCUCACAGCGGAACCCGGCCCUUUGCCUGUGACGUCUGUGGCAAGACCUUUGGCCACUCUGUGAGUUUGGAGCAGCAUGCUCAUGUCCAUUCCCAGGGCAUCCCAGCCGGGUCCAGUCCUGCGCCCAGCUUGGCUGUCCCGGGCCUCGAGGCCCCACCUGCACCUGACCCCCCAGGGCCUCGUUUCCUCCGGCAGGAGCGUAGCUUCGAGUGCCGGAUGUGUGGCAAAGCCUUCAAGCGCUCAUCCACGCUGUCCACGCACCUGCUCAUCCACUCGGACACGCGGCCCUACCCCUGCCAGUUCUGUGGGAAGCGCUUCCACCAGAAGUCGGACAUGAAGAAACACACCUACAUCCACACAGGUGAGAAGCCCCACAAGUGCCAGGUGUGUGGGAAAGCCUUCAGCCAAAGCUCCAACCUCAUCACCCAUAGUCGCAAGCACACAGGCUUCAAGCCGUUCAGCUGUGAGCUGUGCACCAAGGGCUUCCAGCGUAAGGUGGACCUGCGACGUCACCGUGAGAGCCAACACAACCUCAAGUGAGACCACUGGCCAUCCUGCCUCAGUGUGUCUCACCUGAAGGCCAGCCUCAAGAUUCCAAUCCUGAGCCCCAGUCCUCCUGGAAGCAGCACUGCCCAUGAGCCUCUCUGCUUCUUUUGAGAGUGGGUGAUCUCAACCAAGCCACGUGCCUUCUCUGACCGCAGCAAGGUGUAGGAGUCAGCUUGGGCCUUUCUGAACUGAAGCAGCCACAGAUGUACUCUGGUCUCAUCCGCUGCCAGAGCAUAGAAAGCCACAAAACCCUUGUGGACAGAGAUGGCAAAAACAGGCAAGAGCCGGAAUCCACAGAGAAGCCCUCUUGCUUGCUUCUCUGGGUCUGAUGACUGAAUUUUUAGGGAUUCUCUUUCUGGCUGCCACAGUCAGAGUUGUCCCCUGCCCUAGAGGUCUGGCACCCCUCUGCUUCAGCCAGAUGUGCUGGCUGUCCCCCACCUCUGACCACAUCCAUCUGCCCACUGGGAGUCAGGCUCCACAGUUGAGCCACAAGGCUGUGAAGCCGUCAGCAUAUUGGAAGCCUGCUUCUGCAAGUUGAUGUAAAUGUAAAUAAAGAUGGGUUUGUUUACAUGUG